ACCUCACGGGAAUUGCCGGCCAUUAGGUCGCGACGCGUUCUUCGGCCAAGAUCCCUACGUUUCUCUCAAAGUAAGAUGGCAGAUAGCUUGGCCCCCCAGUGCACUCCUCUAAAACGUGAAUACGAUUCAUGUUUCAACUCCUGGUUCGAAGGAUACCUCGAACCUGCUGUAGCAGCGUCAGCUUCCCAACAACAACGGGAGGCAUAUUCACGUAAAAAAGCAGAGGAAUUCGAGGCAAAGUGCGGGAAGGUGUGGGCUGAGUAUAAGGGGUGCACGCAGAAAGCGUUGAAAGAAAAGGGAUUGGAUCGUUUACUUGACCAGGCUCGAGAAGAGAAUCCGCUGACAGAGCCUAUCCCGUCGGCGGCUCAGAGCAAUAAAUGAGCCAACAGAACGGGUUCGUUGUUCUAUAUAGCAUUGCCGUUCGUCGCUUUGCGCAGCCCGCCCAGCUUUACUGCCUCGAAAGUUCGGAUCUCCCGUUUGCUACUGUGAAGGGCUCGUGAUAUCUUCGACAUUCAAUUAACAGAAUCAGUCUGGAGUACAAAUUGUUCAACUGCACUUGACCAUGUAAAAUACGUGUACAGACAUGGA